CCAUCAGCGUGCGCGUUUUCAGAGGCGUCAUGUCGGGCUGCGAGUGUACAGGCACGGAGGACCCCGGCCAGGGCAGCAUCCUCUACAGCAUCCUCAACAGAGGCGCUCGGUGCCCGCAGGGACGCGCGGAGACGCCCGCUGCGCACCAGCUCUGUCCCUGCGCGUCGAAGAGGAAACUGGUGGCCAUUCGGGCUCCGCAACUACUUUUCAAAGCGGCAUCCGAGGUGCUUGAAAAAACUUUCAAGUUCGUGAAAAACGUGCCGUGCUUUCGGGGUCUGCCGGCGGAGGACCAGCUCCGGCUUGUGCGCAACAGCUGGGCGCCGCUGCUGGUUCUGGGUUUGGUGCAGGACUCCGUGGACUUGGACACGGUGGAGACGCAGCAGCCCAGUCUGCUGCACAGAAUAUUAACGCACGACAAAGAGCGACAGGAGCGCGUCGCCGCUGAGACUCAAGACCCCGGGGUGCCCGUCGGUGAUGUGGAGGGCAUCAAAAUGUUCCUGGUGAAAUGCAGAGGACUGAGGAUCAGCGUCAAGGAGUACGCGUUUCUGAAAGGAGCGAUACUGUUCACCGCGGAAACAACGGAGCUGGAGUGUCGAGACUACAUCCAGGCACUACAGAGAGAGGCAGAACGUGCACUUUAUGAGCACGUGAGGACGGUGCACUGGGGGAACGCCGGUCGGUUCGGCAAACUGCGCAUGGUCCUGAACACCCUGCGCUCCAUGGACCCGGAGGCGGUGGCAGGACUCUUCUUCAGACCCGUCACUGGGAGGAGCAGCAUAGAUGAACAUGUGCUCGCUAUGUUCUUUGAGAGGUAGAACCAGAGCAACGGAAGGACACGUUUGGGACUGACUGACACAUCAGUGUUCAUUUAAUGUAUUAUACGUCUGUCUACACUUGUUUUUGUGGGGAAGCACUGCAUAUGUUUCUUUCUAACAUAUCUCCAACCCUAAUCCUUCCAACUGACGUUAAAAGUCAAUACUGAGAAGUGGCUGAAGCAGCAAACUAAUCUUCUACUGAUAGUGUAUAAAUACAACCCACCUUCAAUGUAGGCAUCACUUACAUGAUAAAAGAGCAACUAACAGUCAACCUCACAGUCAAGUGAAGUUCAAAUGCUUUUCUUUCCCCUUUACCUUAUUAUAGCCAUCAGUUGCUGUACAAA